AAACAGGUGGUAACAAUAAAAAAACAUACUUAUAAGAUGAAAAAAAAAUCAGAUUUAUAUAGAGCUUAUCAUGUUUUUAUUGACUGCUAUCGUAUGUUCAAGUCUUUUAGCCUUAUCUGCAGGAUGGGUCAAGCAGAUGGAAACCCCUGGUUUUUAUCAGGGAGAUAUACAAUUGUCACCUGAACAAUGGGAAAGGGUACAAAAUAGAAGCAGUCCUUUCGGUUCAAUCAGAAACAGACGUUGGCCAAAUGGAAAAAUACCAUAUGCUUUCGAAAAUUCUUUAGGUCAAAAAGGAAGAGAUGCAGUAAAUGCAGCAAUUGCAGACUACCACAAAUUUACGUGUUUAAGAUUUACUCCACGAAAUGGAGAGUCAAAUUAUAUAUCUUUCUUCAGUGGUACUGGAUGUAACUCACCGGUUGGAAUGUAUGGCGUAAACAGAAUAUCAUUAGGUGCUGGUUGUCUUGAUAAAGGAACUGCUCUUCAUGAAAUUGGCCACAGCAUCGGUCUUCAACACGAACAAUGUCGUCCGGAUCGUGAUCAACAUGUUAUAAUUCAUACCAAUAAUAUUGAUGGGCCAUGGGCGUAUGCUUUCGCAAUUUCAAACGAAGUUGAUUCCCUUGGUACACCAUAUGAUUUAAGUUCCAUGAUGCAUUAUAGUUCAACAGCAUUUGCAAAGCCUAACACUAAAACAAUAACAACAAAAGAUCCUUCAAAGCAAAAGCUCAUUGACAACUAUAACAGAAUUUUCGGCUUUAGCUCAACAGAUAUUGUUCAAAUUAAUAAAAUGUAUUCUUGUAAAGAAGGAGAAGUAAAGCCAGUUACUGUUGCACCAGGUUGUGCAGAUAUUGAACCAAACUGCGGAAUAUGGUUAAAACAAGGUUAUUGUUUAGCAAGUGAUCUGGCGCAACGUAAAAGAAUGCACGAUAAGUGUUGUAAAUCAUGCACCGAUGCAUGUGGAAAAUGUGGUUUAUAAACAAACAAAUGAAUGGCAAAAGAAACUUAUGUAACAACCUAAUGUGAAUAUAAAUAAGAUUUUACAAAUUUACAGUA